CCCAACUACCAGGUCAAGAGGAUCAUUGAUUAUUGCUUUUGCUAUUUUCCUACAGAAAUUUUGAAUGCUUAAAGGCCCCAAAUUAACUAACCCUCUAAAUAGUCACAAAAAGCUAUGAUAAAACUUUUCCAAACUAAAUAAUGACUUUUCUUAUCAGAUAUUGCUGUUGUUCCAAGCAGCCUUUACUACAGUUCUUGUACAGAAAUCCUGAAAGAGCCUGUGUUAUUUCUCCUCAUAUGAAACAGAUUUUCCAGGUAAAUGUCAAUGAGAAUCAAGCAGUUGUUGAAGGCAUGAAAAGCCAAGAAUAUAUAGAAUGUCACUUGAGAGCAAGCUAUUGAAGACACAAAGAGAAGAAUUUAUAUUUUAAAGGAAACUCAAAAAGUUGUCUCUCUGACCUGUGAAUCUGUAGGAGUGUCGGGGGAUUUUGAAAAAGGCUGAGACCAAAGUGAUAAAAACUGGAAGAAGAAACUGUAAAGGUCUCAAAGCUUGAGCUGUCCCGGUUCAUUGUAGAAUAUAACUGGUGUGGUUCCUCCACAGGAGAUUUUUAAUUUUUUGCUUUCCUGAAUUGUAACAAACACAACUCCGAGACAGAGCUGAGACUAGGUUGCUUUCAAGCUGGAAGCCAGCUGGGAACCAAUCAGCGCGCAGUGGCGCUGUGUGUAUAUAUAACACACACAUUCUCGGUUUGGGUACUCAACUCUGAGUCUUUAAUUUUUUACUCUUAGGCAUCCACACCAACAACCAUGUCUGAAACCAUACCUGCUGCGCCUCCUGUUACUUCUGCGGAAAAGACGCCUGUGAAGAAGAAGGCUCGCAAGUCUGCUGGUGCCGUGAAGCGCAAGGCGUCCAGGCCCCCGGUAACCGAGCUCAUCAUCAAGGCUGUCAGCGAUUCCAAGGAGCGCAGCGGCGUGUCCCUGGCUGCGCUCAAGAAGGCGCUGGCAGCUGGCGGCUACGACGUGGAGAAGAACAACAGUCGGAUCAAGCUGGGUCUCAAGAGCCUGGUGAGUAAGGGCACCCUGGUGCAGACCAAGGGCACUGGCGCCUCGGGCUCUUUCAAGCUCAACAAGAAGUCGGCCACCGGGGAAGCCAAGCCCAAAGCCAAGAAAGCGAGCGCGACCAACCCCAAGAAGGCUACUGGGGCAAAGAAGCCCAAGAAGGCCACAGGCGCUGCCAGUCCGAAAAAAACCGCUAAGAAGACCCCGAAGGCAAAGAAAGCAUUAGCAGGUACCGGGGCCAAGAAAGUGGUCAAGAGCCCGAAAAAGGUGAAGACAGCCAAACCGAAGAUGGCCAAGAGUCCAGCCAAGGCCAGAAUUCAUAAGCACAAGGUAGCCAAGCUUAAAGCGGUCAAGCCAAAAAAGGCGACCCCCAAAAAGAAGUAAGAAAAAAAGACUUGAGUACCUUAAAGGCUCUUUUCAGAGCCACCC